AUGUCCGGAAUCCUGUCAUACGUCCCAAUCGUCAACAGACUCCUCGGAGACGACGACUCGCAAGCCAUCAACAUCCCUCCCGUCAAAGUCCACAAUGUCGAGACCGACCCCGAGAAGCGCGCGCGCUGCCUCAAGCACCUGCUGAGGGCCAAUCACGCCAACUACGCCAUUCUAUUCCACAACCUCGAAUUCCACAACCAUGCGCCGCAUAUCCUCGGUUCUGCCUACCUCCUUGGCGCCAACGACAAGCAGCUUCAAGACCUCUACGAGAUCGAGACCAAGGAGCUGGAGCCGUGGACCGAGUCGCCGGCCGAGGUUACCGAGGACGAUUGGCGCGACUUCCUGGGCAACCGAAAGUACCAGAGGGCAUACGUUGACUUCUUUGAGGACGAGUUGGCGCUGCGCUGCGGUUACGACUGGAAGAAAGUCGUCCAUAAGUUCAUGUUCGAAGGAAAAGACCCUUUGAUCAACGGGCUCAUCGGCGGCCUUGGCCACCCCCUCAUCCACCUCGGAUACGCAUACGAAAUCGACAACAAGGAGGUCGCCAUCGAGGCGCUCGGUCUAGCAGCGACGAACUACAACUUUUUCCACAAGUACCUCGACCAGAAGAAGUACUCGAAACCCGCACCCUUUAGCUCCAAGUCGACGUUCGAGCUCAUAGACAAGCUGGCGAACGAUAAACGGUUCGACGGACUCUUGAAAGAGCCCAACGUGGACAAUAUCGAGGACAUAUUCGAGAAGCACGAGAGCCUGGUGUUGGAAUACUGGAAUGCUUGGACAAUCACUGAUCCAGUGAAGCAGUUUGAGGAGUCUCAGGAGCUGGCCGUGGCGCUUUUGGUGGCUACCAUCGCGCCGGGUACUCACGCGUACAACUUCUUCACAGUGCACCUGCUCACGACGAGCCACGCCGUCCGAAUCCUAAUCCCGUUCGUGCCUACCAAGUUCCACGUGAGCUUGGUGCGCCAGUGGUGGCUGUUCACCCUCGGGGUGUACAUCUCGCUCCUACGGCCGAAGAUCGAUCCCGACAACGUCGAUACGGACUUGAAGCAGCGCCACUGGGGCUACGUCGAGCAGGCGGCGCUGAAUUCGCAGUGGGCCAAGGACGCUCACUUCGUCAAAGCCGUUCGUGCCAUGCAAGAAGCGGCGAGGACGUGGGGCGAUGUCCACGAGCGGUAUCUCGCGUCUGCGCUUACAUUCGUCGAUAACUUCCGCGGAUGGACCUUCUAG